AUGAAAGCUUUCGCGACGAACCAAAGAUCGAUGGCAGGCCUUGUUUAUAAAGCCGCGACGAAGUUCAGCGUCGCGCACGAUGUGUCGGUUCGACAAAUGCCAACACCAAUACCUACUGCGACCGAAGUUCUUGUCAACGUCAAAGCAGUAGCACAAAAUCCUACAGACCACAAACACAUUGAUCUUCUCGGACAACCCAACAGUAUUCUCGGGUGUGAUUAUGCCGGUACCGUGGAAUCCGUUGGUGCUUCAGCGAAGGGGAACUGGAAAGUCGGCGACCGCAUCGCAGGAGUCACGCACGGCGGUAUCUACAGCAAUCGCGGCUCUUACGCCGAAUACCUCACCAUCGACGGUGACCUGGCCUGGAAGAUCCCAGACUCUGUGUCUUUCGCGACAGCGUCUGUGUACGGUGUUUCCGCUGUAUCAGCCAUGCAGGCGCUAAAUCUCGUCCUCGGACUACCAUGGCCAGGCGAGAAACCAGUGAAUGCUGGGAAGGAGAUCUUCAUCUACGGAGGCAGUACUUCUGCCAGUCUCUUCGCUAUCCAAAUUGCCAAGCUGGCUGGUCUGCGUGUCAUCACAACUUGCUCGCCCCACUCGAACGAUCUCGUCAAGUCAUUUGGUGCGGACGAAGUCUACAACUACAAGGAAAAGACCAGUCUGGACAAGAUAAAAGUCGCACAUCCCAAUAUCGCCAUUGCAUUCGAUGGUUUCAGCGGAGCAGGAAGCAAUGAGUUCUGCUGCAACGUGGUUGUCAAGGGUGGAAAGGUCGUUUCCCUUGAUCCUACCGCAAAGAGCAGCGUCAAGAAUGUCGAGUUCGAGACUAUGAUCAUGUACACGGUGUUUGGUCGUGCUUUCCAGUUGGUCCCACCGAUUGGACCAAAAUUCCCCACCAAACCUGAUGACCGGGCUGGGUUGGCGAAGUUCUACGAGAUGCUUCCGAAGCUGGUAGAGGACGGGAAACUGAAGGCACCUCCAAUCAAACACAGAGGUACCGGGUUUGAUAAGAUCGAAGAGGGUCUUGCACUGUUGAAGAGCGGCAAGGUAUCUGGGCAGAAGCUAGUGUUGGAGUUGUGUUAG